GAUGUGCGAUUCUGACAAGCCAACCUUAAUAUACUGGCGUUGGAGACUGGGGUUCGGCCAGUUAAACAAAAACCGAACCACGCUGACGUCUUACUGCACAUUUACAUGUUGCUCUCAGAUAGGUUUUUGAUUCAAGUUUUUUUCGGGACUCUUCAUAGUUCAUCAUAGCGCGAUUAUACAAUCGGACACCGAUUCUGUUUACGCGUUUGUAGAUUUCACUUUCUGUCAAUGGUCUCUACUAUUGAAAGGCGUCUAGAGUGCGUUAUUUUUCUUUCAGUAUUCAGUAUUUUGUGUACAAGGGUUAGCGUUUAAAACUAAGUGCAAAAAGGGAUAGCACCGAAUAUGUUUCAACGCAUUGCAAUACUUUAAAAACUUCGCGCGUGUUUGAACUUCGAGUGUUCUUUAUCAUUUUAAGGUAGCCUAUAGAGUCGAGUGCUGGAAAUCUUAAGGAAUCCAAUGACGCGCACGUCACCUUUUCAGCACCACGGACAGUUCCAGACGCGCACAGCGUCUCAUAGGAGAGCGCUCAACGCAAACUUCACCCAAUGAAUGAAACGUCUACUGCUGGAAUUCAGUCACAUUUCAAAAACAGAAACAGAGUAAAUCGAAAGUCUCAAGGAUACGAAGAAAAUACACGGACUUUAUAACCUUUUGUCUUCAAAGGUAUCUCCUUGGAAUUUGUCGAUGUGAGGUGAACACUGACAGUACAGGGCAGUCCUAACAGAGCCAGUUUUACCUGUGACAGCGGACAAUAACGAAACACCUCAAGGAAAAUGAGGGAGCGAACGAGUCAGAUCUCAUGACGUGGAGAGUCCAUAUUUAAAGCUUCGUACUGAUCGUGAUCACUAACAAGCGGGAGAUGGAAACGACACUCGAGUUUGCCCACUCUUGCUUACAAGCAAACUGAAAAUACUAAAGUCUUCCCUCAGCACGUCUCAAGCACCCAUCCUUUCCAGCAAGCGAAAGGAGCAGCGACUGCUAAACAGGUAUUGACCUGUAAAGCAGAGAACUUUGCACACCAUGGCCCACAGGUUAGCUCAUUUUAGAGGUCACGGCCCAUCGUGGCCCCUUCAUCUCACUCUACUGCUGCUUUUAUUGGCCAGGACACCUCAAGCUUUGGCUGUCCCUGGUUACAACACUGACAUUUCCAAGAAGGAGAUCAUAAUCGAAGGUGACUUAGUGAUCGGAGGCCUGUUUCCUGUUCACCAAAAGGGAGAAGGGGCUCAGGACUGUGGCCGUAUCAAUGCUCACAGAGGGAUUCAGAGACUGGAGGCAAUGCUGCUAGCCCUGGACGAGAUCAAUCGAGAUGAUCAAAUUUUGCCGGGGGUCACUUUAGGUGCCCACAUUUUGGACACUUGCUCUAAAGACACAUAUGCGCUUGAGCAGUCGCUAGAGUUCGUGCGCGCAUCGCUGACGAAAGUGGACGAUAGCGAGUACACGUGCCCGGAUGGAUCCUAUGCUAUCCAUGAUGACGUUCCACUCGCUAUAUCGGGUGUGAUCGGAGGUUCCUACAGUGAUGUGUCCAUACAGGUGGCCAACCUCCUGCGUCUUUUCCAAAUCCCUCAGAUCAGCUACGCCUCGACCAGCGCAAAACUGAGCGACAAAUCCCGCUACGAUUAUUUUGCACGAACCGUGCCGCCCGACUUCUACCAGGCCAAAGCCAUGGCCGAAAUCCUGCGCUAUCUCAACUGGACGUACGUCUCCACUGUGGCCUCAGAGGGCGAUUACGGCGAGACAGGCAUCGACGCCUUUCAGCAGGAGGCUCGAGCUCUGCAAAUCUGUAUCGCCACUUCAGCCAAGGUCAGCCGCUCCAUGGACCGCUUCAGUUAUGAUGGGGUCAUCAGAUCUCUGCUGCAGAAGUCCAACGCGAAAGUAGUGGUCCUCUUCACUAGAAGCGAAGACGCCAGGGAGCUCCUGGUCGCUGCGAAGCGCAUGAACGUCUCUUUUAUCUGGGUGGCCAGCGAUGGAUGGGGAGCGCAGGAGAGCGUGGUGAGAGGAAGCGAGAGUGUGGCAGAUGGAGCUUUUACUAUUGAGUUGGCUUCCUAUGCCAUCCCAGACUUUACCUCGUACUUUACGAACCUCAAUCCAUACAACAACACGCGGAACCCGUGGUUCAGAGAAUUCUGGGAAAAUCGCUUUCAGUGCAGUCUGCACGACAUCGGCUGCGGGAAGCAUUCGCUCCGAGAUGGCAAAUUCGAGCAGGAGUCCAAGAUCAUGUUCGUGGUGAACGCUGUGUACGCAAUGGCCCAUGCCUUGCAUAAUAUGAGACAGGCGGUGUGUUUGAAUAACACAAAAAUCUGCAGCGCCAUGAAACCAGUAAAUGGGAAGAAGCUGUACAAGGACUUUAUCUUGAAGACGAAGUUUGAUGCUCCGUUUCGGCCUGCUGAUACAGAGAAUGCUAUUCACUUUGACACCUAUGGAGACAGCCUGGGUCGCUACAACAUCUUCCAUUAUCACAAAGAGAACGACAAGUAUGUGUAUCGAAAAGUGGGGUACUGGGCUCAGAGUCUAAGUCUGAACACGAGCUCCAUUCCAUGGGAAAGCCAAGGGGCACCCACCUCCCAAUGCAGUGACCCUUGCAAGAAAAAUGAGAUAAAGAGCAUGCAGCCCGGAGACGUCUGCUGCUGGAUAUGCAUUCCUUGCCAGCCGUUUCAAUACCUCCAGGACGAAUUCACCUGUGCGGUUUGCGGUUUCGGAGAGUGGCCUUUAGAUAAUCUGACAGGCUGUUACGACCUACCCGAGGAGUACAUUCACUGGGAGGACGCCUGGGCUGUUGGACCGGUCACCAUCUCAUGCCUCGGGAUCCUCUGCACGCUCUUCGUGAUCGGCCUCUUCCUAAAGCACAACGAGACUCCAGUGGUGAAGGCCAGCGGACGUGAACUGUCCUACAUUCUUCUUCUUGGUGUCCUGCUUUGCUACUCCAUUACCUUCAUCUAUAUCAGCAAACCCUCAGCCGUGGUGUGCACGUUACGACGGCUCGGCCUGGGCACGUCCUUCGCCGUUUGCUACUCCGCAUUGUUGACCAAGACCAAUCGCAUCGCUCGAAUAUUCAACGGCGUUAAAGACGGAGCACAGAGGCCACGGUUCAUCAGCCCCGCCCCGCAGGUGGCCAUCUGUGCUGCUCUGAUCUCCUGUCAGCUGCUGGUAGUGGUGGUCUGGCUUCUGGUUGAGGCUCCGGGGGUGAGAAAGGAGGUCAAUCCUGAGAAAAGAGACGUGGUGACGCUGAAGUGCAACAGCAAGGAUUCAAGCAUGCUGUUGUCUUUAACAUACAACUGCAUCCUCAUCAUCCUUUGUACCUUUUACGCCUUUAAGACUAGAAAGUGCCCAGAGAACUUCAAUGAGGCCAAGUUUAUCGGCUUCACCAUGUACACCACGUGCAUAAUCUGGCUGGCUUUCCAGCCCAUCUUCUACGUUACCGCCAGUGACUACAGGGUACAGACCACUACCAUGUGCAUCUCCGUGAGUCUGAGUGGCUCAGUAGUGCUGGGCUGCCUCUUCGCUCCCAAGAUCCACAUCAUCCUCUUCCAGCCCCAGAAGAAUGUCACCACACACAGAGUGGCCACCACCCGAUUCAGUGUGACCACUGGUCCAGGCUCUAGCUUCUCCCAAGCCUCAGCCUCCAACAUUGUGCCUACGGUAUGUAAUGGCAGAGAGGUAGUGGACUCGACUACAUCUUCACUCUAAGAAACCUGUUUGUUUGGCAAAUGUGGUAUACAGAUAAAUCACUAGUAAUGAAAACAAGUGUUUGCUAAUGUUGAGGAGGCUAUUCAGAACAAAGAUGGCCUGUUAUGUUGUUCUCAACGUGCUGGGAGUACAAUAUCCCAUUUUGUUUCUCUCUUUCUCGCUCUCUCUCUCUGACUAGUUAGAUAAUAUCAGUGGGAUACCAGUUUAAAUUCUGUAUACCAGUUCUUUUUAUCGAAACAAAAUAUGAAGUAUUGUUUGAGAUAUGGAGUUAAAAUGUAGUAAAUAUGUUUAAAGUAUUAUGUACAGGUUGUUUUUAAUGUAGAUUUAUGGUGAUUCUGGUUUGUGGUCUAUACUGUAAUUUAUGUAAAUACAUUUAUGUAAAAUGUGUUUUAUAUGAAUAUGAGGAGUCCUGAUUCAUUUUACUAUUGGUGUCCCUUUGAUUCUCUUAUGGGAGGUUAUAUUCUUUUGAUUUUCUACAAAUGCAUUCAUGGUGUUUGAACAGAAAACAGCAAACAGAAAACUUCCCACAAGGGGGCAAAACAAAGUUCAGGAUAAUCUAAAUAAUAAAUCCAAAAACAAGGGAAGCAGGAACAAGGUAAUCCAGACACGAAGUAGCAACAGGUAAUAACGAACACGAAGUAUUAACACGGAGUAACUAUUAAGUACAAUGAACCGACCAACAGCAAGGGAAUUGCACAAUUGCACAAGUCUCCACACAAGACGAAACAUACACACACAAGACAUGAUAUUGUCACACCUCCUUCCCCAAGGCCCGAAUACUCCUGACUGGAAGGACAGGACCGUGACAGUACCCCCGCUCCAAGGGCCGAUCUCCGAGCGGCCCAAGGGUAAAAAGAUCAGCGGGACAAGAUGGACAAAAACGAAGACAGACACCCCACAGACAAAACAGAACAUACAAGGGGGA